AUGGCAACACGAACAGAGCGCCUAGCCACCUGGGCUUCAGGAGUGCAAUAUCAUGACAUCCCACAGGAUGUGAUCCAGCGAACCAAAGACCUUUUCCUGGACUGGUUCGGGUGCACGAUUGCUGGUCGUCAUCAUGCCGCGGUAAAGGCCAUGGCUGUAUUUGUGCAGCAGAUGGGCCCCUCGCAGGGGAGGAGUGAGUUGGUGGAUGGCGAGCUAGGCUUCAGUACAAGCCCUGCCUUUGCAGCAAUGGUGAACGCAGCUUCGUCGCACGUGGUGGAGCAGGAUGACUUGCACAACCGGAGUAUCAUGCAUCCAGCGACGGUUAUCUUCCCUGCUGCUUUGGCAGUUGCCCAGGAUCUGGAAGCGAAUGGAAGAGACUUUAUUACCGCCUGCGUGGUUGGGUACGAGGUAGGAUGCCGCGUGGGAGAAUUCCUUGGAAAGAGCCAUUAUGCACGUUUCCACUCCACUGCAACUGGUGGGGUUAUUGGUGUGGCAGCUGCAACAGCACGUCUUUUGGGCCUCGACGCCGCGGCCAUGCUAUCAGCUAUCGGAACUGCCGGGACCCAAGCAUCCGGCUUAUGGCAGUUCCUUUUGGACGCCACACAUUCAAAGCAAGUUCACACGGGCAAGGCCUGCUUCGAUGGAAUUUUCGCCGCCUACACCGCGAAAUCGGGGUUACUGGGACCCAAGGAUGUGCUGGAAGGGCCUAAGGGCAUGGGCGUCGCCCUCGUUCCUGAUACACCCAACUCCAGCGCAAUUGAUACGGACCUCGGAGUUGACUGGGCAGUGCUGGGAAGUAGUUUCAAAUGGCAUGCGUCAUGUCGGCACACGCAUCCAAGCGUUGACGCAUUGCUUAACGUUCUUUCCACUCAUGGGAUUAAAUUCGAAGAUAUCGACUCGGUCGUAACCAAAACAUAUCAAGCAGCCUUUGACGUCCUUGGACUCAGUGGACGCGGUGAAACAGUCCAUCAAAGCAAAUUUAACAUGGGAUUCGUUCUCGCCGUAACGGCGCAGAAGGGACAUGCCUUGAUAACGGAUUUCACAGAGGAAGCGCUGCAGGACGCAUCGUUGAGGCAAUUCCAAGAACGUGUUAAGAUGGAAUUGGACGAAGAUAUAAAUGCCGCGUUCCCGCAAAAGUGGCAGGGCAAGGUAAUCGUAACUUGCAAAUCCGGUGCAAGCCAUGAGCACUUUGUGGAAUAUUUGAAAGGAGAUCCCCAAAAUCCACUGACGAGGGCGGAGAUUGAGACCAAAUUCAAGGCCUUAGCCAAGUAUGGCGAAGUGAAAGACACGGAUCGGAUCCAGCAAAUUAUCACCAGAGCAUGGAACCUCGAGAAUGAAGGCAGCCUGAAGGAACUGUGGCUCUAA